AUGGCUGAGACUCUUGCCGGGAUCGCUAGCCCGAGUGUUGGCGGGGCCACUGCAGGGGCCGUUGGCGGGGCUGUUGUCGAGGCCAUUGGCGGGGGCGGGGCUGGCCAGGAGGCAUUGAUUAGGAUCACCUAUAACCUUGUUGAUAAAGAAAAGGUUGAAAUUUACACAAAAGAGAAAGAUGAGUUGGGUGUAGAAUUAGAAUUCGAAGAAGAAUUAAAGGCGGUGUCAAAGGAGUUAAUGGCGGUCACAAACAUCAUGAAAGUGGCUGAAUUGAAAGUGUAUGAGUAUAAAGAAACAAGGAAGAAGGAAAAGAUCAAAUUGGAGAAUAGUGUGAAAAGGGCGGCCAUUUUGCAGAUUGUGGAAAAUGGGUUACAGAGUGUUGGGUUUGGGAGUGGUGAGAAUUCAUUGGAGACUUCAGGAACUAAGGUGGAUACUUCUGGUGAUAGUAGUGAGCGUGAAGAGGAGGUUGUAAGCCUGGCAUCAACUGUGGAGAGGAUAAUAAAGAAUUUGAACCUUAAAGUCACUCAAUUGAAGAGAUCUUUUGAAGAAUCCUGGUCAAACACUGAGCGCCUGAAGAGUCUUACAGAGAACCAAGCUCAAGAUAUUGCUGAAAAGAUGCUAUAUAUCAAGGACUUGGAAGAUAGAGAGAAAAAGUUGGCUCAAAAUGUUGAGGGAUUCAUGAUGAAAAUAAAAGAAGCUGAAGUAGAGGUUGCUAGAUGGAGAGAAGCUUGUGAAUUAGAAAUUGAACCUGGGAAACAUGAGAUUGAACAACGUGACACAGUGGUUGCCAUUCUCACCCAAGAACUAGAGAAGACAAAGACUGAUUUGGACAUAUCAAAUUGCAAAUUAAAUAAAAAAGAAGAACUUGCAGCUGCUGCCCAGGCAACAGCAGAGAAGUCCCUGCAACUGGCUGACAGCAUAGCUGCAGGACUCCGUGAGCGCGUAGAAGAGAUGUCAAAACAAUUAGAAGAAGCGGAGAGCCAAUACCGGAACAGAUACAAGCUUAGACAUAUAUGUUGGCCAUGGCGAACACUCGAACUGAGUACUGCUACUAUGAACAAUAGAGUGAAGAAUGCAAAAAAGAUGCUAUCAAAAUGCAGGCCUUGGUGA